AUGGCCUGGUCUGGCCCGUAUAUGACUAUAUUAACAGGACAUUUCAGGACAUAUCAAGCCAGCUUAUUGCAUAAUUUGCAGGUGGCGUGGCUUCAAGUAAAUACACAGACAAUACUAACGAUUGCCAUUCACGUUAUCACCAAGAACCACAGAAUUGCAGUCACACAUAGUGAUCAUAGGAUAUGGUACUUGCACAUACGAGACGUUCGUGAAAGCGAUCAAGGUGAUUACAUGUGUCAAAUAAAUACCGAUCCAAUGAUUAGCCAAGUUGGCCAACUCAAAGUUGUAGUGCCUCCGGAUAUUCUGGACUAUCCAACAAGCACAGAUAUGGUUGUAAGAGAGGGCAGUAACGUGACAUUACGUUGUGCCGCUUCUGGAUCACCGCAACCAAAUAUCACAUGGAAACGAGAAUCCGGCGAGGCUAUUGCUUUAGGGGUGAAUGACGAAGCGAAACUUAAACCAAUCGACCCGGCGUAUCAACGUAAGACGUUCGAGCCUUUUAAUAUUAUCGAAUUAUCAAAUUCACUAAAUCGAGUUCCACCGAUGAUAAUGAUACAAAAUCAGUUGGUAGGAGCACAAGAAGGACAGGACAUGACACUUGAAUGCGACUCCGAGGCAUAUCCUAAGGCUAUUAAUUAUUGGACACGUGAAAAUGAUUCGGUUAUAUCAAAUGGUGAAAAAUAUGAAUUUUCCUCUCACUCAGAUAGUUUACAAAUGAACGAGUACAAAGUUCACAUGAAAUUAACGAUAAAAAGAGUGGAACUGGCGGACUACGGAUCGUAUAAAUGUAUUUCCAAAAAUUCUCUCGGGGCUACGGAUGGUACCAUCAAAUUUUACCGUAUCGAGACGCCAACAACUCAACCACCACCAACAACAACUACUCCAGUACCUUCCACAGAAGUGAAAGUGGAGAGUAAAUUGAAACCGCAUCCAAAAGUAUCGCCAACAGUUGUAUCAAACUUCAACGAAAUAAUUGAUGCAUCAAAAACAUCUGAGAGCGAAAAACGUGGUGCCCAAUUACGCGAGAGACCUAAAACAAACGCCAAGAGUGGAAGGAAAAAAAUUGAUGACAGAUUACAACAAACAGACGAAGCAGCGCGAUCAAUGUCUUCAAGAAGCGCUGGUAUUUUAUCAGUAACUCACUCUAAUUUCGCUUUACUCACCAUUAUAUUAACCGGA